AAACCACCGAUUUCUAUUCCCUUUUGCCCAGAUUGGCUACCGAUUCAGAAUCACCUCCCUGAUUUACCCUCCCCCGAUCCCCUUUUCUCUUCUGUUCCUUCAUCCGAUUUCCUUCCUUUGUUUCUCUGCUCCCACUCCAUUACGCCUCUUUCUGCCGAUUUGCUCUCUCCUUUUCUUUUCUUUUCUUUUUCUCUCGGCCACUCUUUCGAUUCCCUUCUCAACCAGUCGACUUUUUUUUUCUUGUUCUCUCUGUCACUCCGAUUGCUCUCAGUUGGUGGGUCUCCAGGUUUCUGCAACUGUGAAAGUGGGUUAUCUUCUUCAAUAAAAAAAUUGGAAGAAUAUAUAAAACAAGAGAGCCCUAUCAUUUCUGUUCAGGAGAUAUGGGCUAUGGCUACACAACCGGCAUUUUUACUCUAUCUGGGCUCAGUUAUUGUAUUGGUCGUCCUUUUGAUCUUAUAUUUUGCACCAAGAUGUGGGCAUACAAAUGUGUUGGUUUUCACUGGCAUUUGUUCAUUAAUGGGAUCUCUCUCGGUGAUGAGUGUUAAAGCCCUUGGAACCGCACUCAAACUAACCUUUGAGGGAAAGAACCAACUAGUUUACCUGGAGACAUGGUUCUUUAUGUUCAUUGUCGCUACAUGUGUCAUUAUACAAAUGAAUUAUCUCAACAAGGCCCUUGAUAUGUUCAACACUGCAGUUGUGUCCCCUAUUUAUUUUGUCAUGUUCACAUCGCUUACAAUCAUUGCCAGUGUCAUUUUGUUCAAGGUGAGCAUGCACCUCUAUCCCCUACAUUGUCUACCGGACUCUUCAGUGGUAACCGUGAAACUCUGAAGCAUGAUGAAGAAAAUGAGCUAUCGCCUGAUGAUAUUUGUUUGAGGAAGCAAGAACCGUACUAAGAUGGCUAAAUUAGUAAAUUGGGAGUAUAAAACAUCUAACAUUUUGUGUGCUAUAAGUGCCAAGGUGAAAUCCAAGUUUCAAGAAUCCUUAGACGGUAACAGAGAUGAUUUUGCAAGCAUGAGUCCUGGUUGCACUAGACAAGAAACAAAGUGACUGAAACUACUUAAACAGCUGGGCUUGGAUUUCAUUGUUAAUCAUGUGCAGUACCGGGAUGCUACAAGCUUGGAGAGUGAAUUGGUGGGUGAUGGUGCUUGAAAGGGUGACAUUUUCAAUUGAAAAGCUCAGCAGAUAUGGGUGCUGAAGGAGACCUCAGACCUGGAUUUUGGCAAGGGAAGGUGGGUUUCUGAGAUUGUUGAAAAUUUUAAUUAGGUAGGACAGCAGGAAGAAAGGUAUGCUUGUAGAGUAUGAUACAUAUGGAUAAAUCAAAUGUAGUGUCUAAGAUUAAUUGGAUUUAAAUUGUGGUUGUUGACGUGAUUUAGUUGCAAUGCAAACAUAAUGGAUAUUAUGUGGUAA